CCUCACACCCCCUCACUACACACUACUGCCCCUCCGUAGAGACACAGGCUCUGCAUUCACCCUUUGCACUCACGUAUUCACUGCCUCGUCAGGCACACAACACUCAUUUGACCACCUCCACGCCUUCCGCAGGCACUCACCUGCAACCACACAACACCAUGGACUCAAUGCGGAGCCUGAACAAGUCGCUGCCAAAGACAAAGCGGCAGCCAGACGUCCACCAGUCGUUCAAGAACGCCGCCCUGCAGCUGACCAACCUCUACAAGUCAGCUCUGGCAGACGUCGACCGAGCCCGCAGCGACGGCUACCAAGAGGCCCUCGACGACCUCCUCACUUUCUUAGAUAAGGAAAACGUGGGAGUAGGGGAUGGAGAAGGCUGGCGGAUACGGCAGUGGGCAACAGAGCGGCUAGAUGGACCCCGACACGCAAACAGCGACGAGGAUGACGAGAACGAUAUGGACGAUAAGCGCGCCCGUAGUUCCUCGCCCAUCAUGGAACGCAACAUCAGCCCCGAAGCAACCCGCACCCCUGAUCUCCACGCCGACGCCGCGCAGCGGUCUGACUCUGCUCCGCCCGUGCAGUUGGAGGCGUCCGUCACCGAGCCAGAGAUGUCGCCGCUGCACCAGGUCUUCCAGUUCUCUGCCCCGCAACCGUAUCCUUCGAGCAUCAAUACCGAGAAUGCGUUUGGCGACUUUUCUGCUGCUGCGAGGAGAGCACUCCCCACGUCGAGGCGCGAACGACAUUCGAACCGAUCUUCGUCACGGAACCUGCAACGGACUGCUACACAGAACCUCUUCCAGCUGGGUCAAGGCGCGGGUCAGAAGCGGCGAAUGAUGGACUCGUUCCACCCCGAUGGGUCCAACGACCGACGAGAUGGCCCUGGAGGUGGUCCUAAGCGGGGGCGCAUGACAUGAGGACAAUCACCAACAGGCGGACGGGUGUUGACAACCCGAAUACCUCCUGAGUCAGGCACGAUGAGUUGAGAGCACGACAGAAGACAGGAGGACAGCAUAGCGAUGUGCUCAAUGGUUACGGGCAUGAGCACAUACAAUAGGCGCAUUGGUUGGCGGAUUUCAUUAUGCAUCGGGUGGAGUUGCUGAUCUGGCAUUGUGCGGAGUUUACUAUAUAUAUACCAUGGGAACAUCCCUGUUAGUGUCGAUUUCGGAGCAGCAGAGAUACCAUACAGUUUUUACUUGCGUUUGGGGGCUGGGUCAAUCCUGGGCCAUGAAGAAAGAGGUGAAGAAAGAGGUGAAGAAAGACAUGAAGUCAG